CAAAUGCCGAGCAUACUAACCCCAGCCCCUCCCAGUCACGUGAGCGAUGCCUGGGAAAGGCGCAUGCGCCUUCACUUCAGACUUGGCGUUUGUGUAGGAACCGGAUCUGUCCCAGAUGAAAAACAGGUAAAGAACAAUCGGCAAUUCAAGAAGAAGAAAGAGGUGGUGAUAAUACAUAAAAGUCUGUGGGUUGUUUUACCAAAGGAAACAGGUUUAUGAAAAUCUGUGAAAUCAGCAUUGAACUCUGUUACCUAAUCAUUGAGAUUUGUAAACUACAAAGAAUCCUUCUCAAGUUUUCACCCAUAAAUUAAUACCAAGAUAAUUUCAGAUGUCCAGCAAAGAAGUGAAGACUGCUCUAAAAAGUGCAAGAGAUGCAAUUAGAAACAAAGAAUAUAAAGAAGCUUUGAAACAUUGCAAGACAGUCUUAAAACAAGAGAAAAAUAACUAUAAUGCCUGGGUUUUUAUUGGUGUUGCUGCAGCAGAGCUAGAACAACCUGAUCAGGCCCAAGGUGCCUAUAAGAAAGCUGCUGAACUAGAACCAAAUCAAUUAUUAGCUUGGCAGGGGUUAGCAAGCUUGUAUGAGAAGUGUAAUCACAUAAAUGCUAAGGAUGACUUACCGGGUGUUUACCAAAAACUCCUGGAUCUUUAUGAAAGUGUUGACAAACAGAAGUGGUGUGAUGUCUGUAAGAAACUUGUGGAUCUCUAUUACCAAGAAAAGAAACACCUAGAGGUGGCUCGAACAUGGCAUAGAUUGAUAAAGACACGGCAAGAAGAAGGUGCAGACAACCAGGAGCUUCAUCAGCUAUGGAGGAAAUUGACUCAGUUGCUGGCUGAGAGUAUGGAAGAUCAGAAUAAUGAAACCCAGCAAUUGCUUUUAACUGCAUUCGAGAAUGCCCUGGGCUUAUCAGAUAAGAUUCCUAGUGAAGAUCAUCAAGUACUAUAUAGGCAUUUCAUUCAGUGUUUAUUGAAAUUUCCUCAUGAGACUGCUAGGUUGAAGAAGGCUUGUGAAGGAAUGAUAAACAUCUAUCCCACCAUACAGUAUCCAUUAGAAGUGCUCUGUUUGCAUUUAAUUGAAUCAGGAAAUCUUACUGAUGAGGGACAGCAGUAUUGUUGUAAGCUAGUGGAAAUGAAUUCAAAAAGUGGUCCAGGCCUCAUUGGCUUAGGCAUUAGAGCAUUACAAGACAAAAAAUAUGAAGAUGCUGUUAGGAAUCUAACAGAAGGGCUAAAGGAAAGCCCUCUCUGCACAGCUGGAUGGUAUCAUCUCUCCGAAGUUCAAAUCAAAAUGCAUAGACCCAAGGAAGCUGUUCUUUCAUGCAAUCAAGCUCUGAAGAACAUAGAAAAUCAUGGUGUGUCUGGAGACAGUCUUUAUCAGAAGAACCUUUGUCUUCGUUUGAAAGCAGAAGCUUUGAUUAAACUCUCAGAUUAUGAAUCUUCAGAGGAGGCAAUUUGUUCUCUCAAUCAGGUUUCUGAUGCAAAUAAUAUCCCAGGACUUUUGGUUCUCAAAAGCUUGGCUUAUCUGAACAAAGGCUUAUUAGAUGAAGCUACAAAGAUUAUGGAAGACCUUCUCUCUUCUUACCCUGACCUAGCUGAAGUUCAUGCCCUUGAGGCUUUGAUUCAUUUUACCAAAAAGGACUAUCUACAAGCAGAAAAAUGUUUUCAGAGAGCACUUGAGAGAGAUGCUGAAGUUGCUGAAUAUCAUUACCAGCUUGGGUUAACAUAUUGGUUCAUAGGUGAAGAAACAAGAAGAGAUAAAACAAAGGCUCUUACCCACUUUCUGAAGGCCGCAAGACUGGAUCCAUACAUGGGCAAAGUUUUCUGCUAUUUAGGUCAUUAUUACAAAGAUGUAGUAGGAGAUAAAAACAGAGCACGAGGAUGUUACAGGAAAGCUUUUGAAUUAGAUGACACUGAUGCUGAAUCUGGAGCUGCAGCAGUUGACUUAAGUGUGGAGCUUGAAGAUAUGGAAGCUGCCUUAGCUAUCCUAACAACAGUAACUCAGAGGGCAAGUGCUGGAACGGCAAAAUGGGCCUGGCUUCGGCGAGGACUAUACUAUUUGAAAGCUGGUCAACAUUCACAAGCAGUGGCUGAUUUACAGGCAGCAUUAAGGGCAGACCCAAAGGACUUCAAUUGUUGGGAGUCAUUAGGAGAGGCAUACUUAAGCAGAGGUGGCUAUACAACAGCCUUGAAGUCCUUCACAAAAGCCAGUGAGAUCAACCCAGAAUCCACAUACAGUGUGUUUAAGGUUGCAGCAAUACAACAAAUCCUAGGCAAGUACAAGGAGGCCAUAGCUCAAUACCAGCUGAUUAUUAAAAAGAAAGAAGAUUACGUACCUGCUUUGAAAGGUUUGGGCGAAUGCUAUCUCAUGAUGGCAAAAGCUGCUCUAGUUGAUUAUCUUGAUGGGAAAGCCGUAGACUACAUAGAAAAAUCCCUGGAAUAUUUUACUUGGGCCUUGCAGCAUCGAGCUGAUGUAUCCUGCCUUUGGAAGCUGGUUGGGGAUGCUUGUACCAGUCUGUAUGCGGUUUCAUCAUCUAAAGUGAAUGUUAAUAUUUUAGGGGUCCUUCUAGGCCAGAAAGAAGAAAAGCAAGCAUUAAAGAAAACUGAGCUCCUCCAUCUUGGAGGAAGGUGUUACGGUCGUGCAUUAAAACUGAUGUCUACAUCUAAUACAUGGUGUGAUCUUGGGAUUAAUUAUUAUCGCCAAGCACAACAUCUAGCAGAAAUGGGCAGCAGCAUGAAUGAUCUUAAAGAGUUGCUAGAGAAAUCUUUACAUUGUCUGAAAAAGGCAGUGAGACUCGACAGUAAUAAUCACUUAUACUGGAAUGCUCUUGGUGUAGUUGCAUGUUAUAGAGGUGUUGGAAAUUAUGCCCUUGCUCAGCACUGUUUCAUCAAAUCAAUCCAGUCAGAACAAAUUAAUGCUGUCGCGUGGACCAAUUUGGGAGUGUUAUACCUUGCAAAUGAAAACAUUGAGCAAGCUCAUGAAGCUUUCAAAAUGGCUCAGUCUCUUGAUCCAUCUUAUUUAAUGUGCUGGAUUGGACAAGCUCUUAUUGCAGAGACAGUUGGAAGUUAUGAUACCAUGGAUCUCUUCAGGCACACUACAGAACUCAAUAUGCAUACUGAGGGAGCAAUAGGUUAUGCAUACUGGGUCUGCACAACAUUGCAAGAUAAAAGCAACAGAGAAACAGAGCUAUACCAAUACAACAUCCUCCAGAUGAAUGCUAUUCCAGCAGCACAAGUUGUUUUGUGUAAAUAUGUGGAAAGAAUUCAGAAUUAUGCUCCAGCUUUCACAAUGUUGGGUUACUUAAAUGAACAUCUACAACUGAAAAAGGAAGCAGCAGAUGCGUACCAAAGGGCAAUGUUGUUGCUACAGACUGAAGAAGAUCAAGAUACUUAUAAUGUUGCAGUAAGAAAUUAUGGCAGAUUGUUGAGUUCCAUUGGUGAAUACGACAAAGCUAUCCAGGCUUUUAAGUCAAUACCUCUCGAGGAGUUAGAAGACCUCAUAGGCUUUGCAUUGGCUUUAUUUAAGAAGGGGCUAUAUAAAGAGAGCAGCAAAGCAUAUGAAAGAGCCUUGUCUGUUGCUGAAUCAGAGCAAGACAAAGCCUAUAUCUUGACAGCUCUGGCAAUAACAGAAUAUAAACAAGGAAAAAUGGAUAUAGCCAAGUCACUGCUAUUCAAAUGCUCUAUUUUAAAGGAACCAACCAUAGAAAGCCUUCAAACCCUGUGUGCUCUAGGAUUGGUAAUGCAGGAUGCUACACUGUCUAAAGCAGCACUUAAUGAGUUACUGAAGCAUAUCAAACACAAAGACAGUGAUUAUCACAGGUGCCUUCUUACUUCAGCUAUUUAUGCACUCCAAGGCCGCAGUGUGGCAGUACAACGGCAAGCGUCUAAAGCUGUUCACAGUAACCCAGCUGAUCCUGCUCUUUGGUCUCUAUUAUCCCGAGUUGUUGCUCAGUGUGCUCAACAAAAUGCAAAGGGGGGUGCUGUAGCAGGAAAUGUGGCUCAUAUUCUGGACUCAAAUCAUGGAAAGAAGGCAUUGCUGUACACUGCAAUAAAUCAGUUGGCAAUGGGAAGCAGUUCAGCAGAAGAUGAAAAAAAUAUUGCACUAAAGACUAUACAGAAGGCAGCUCUCCUUUCUCCAGGUGACCCUGCUGUCUGGGCUGGACUGAUGGCAGCCUGUCAUGCUGAUGAUAAGCUGGCUCUAGUGAACAACACUCAGCCAAAGAGGAUGGAUUUAUACUUGGCACUGUUAUCUGCUGUUUCUGCUUCAAUUAAGGGCAAGGAAUUUCUUGAAAAUUAUAACCAAUCUCUUGAAAAGUGGUCUCUCUCACAAGCUGUCACUGGUCUGAUAGACACAGGAAGAGUAUCUGAAGCUGAAGCUCUCUGCACAAAGAAUUUAAAAAAUAACCCGGAUCAGCCAGCUAUUAUAUUACUUUUGAGACAAGUUCAGUGUAAAUCACUCCUGGAGUCACAAAAGCCACUCCCAGAUGCAGUACUUGAGGAACUUCAAAAAACAGUCAUGUCCAACUCAACUUCUGUUCCAGCUUGGCAGUGGUUGGCACAGGUGUAUCAGUCUCAAGGAAUGAUGGGUGCUGCAGAAAUGUGUUACAGAAAGAGUCUACAAGUAGCAUCUCAACAGGGAAGCUGGAGUGGGAAACUCUCAAGUCUAUUGAAACUAGCAUUGCUUGCCUUAGAAAUCUGUAUGGCUAAUGUUUCCAGUGAUCACUGGCCAUCCUUGGUUCAAGAGGCUACAACUGAGGCCUUGAAACUUUGUUUCUGCCCACUAGCUGUUUUUUUACAAGCUUUGUUACAAUUCAACUGCAAAAUGGGGGCACGAGAGACUCGGCGACUUUUGGAGAGAGUGGUAUAUCAACCUGGAUAUCCGAAAUCUAUUGUAUCAGCUGCACGUUGGUACCUGUUAAGACACCUGUACUUCAAAAAUGACUAUGAGCUCAUUGAUGUGUUGGUAAAAAAUGCUGAAACUCACAGAGAUACAAGAGCAUUGGAACUGAAUCAGAAAUUGUCCUCACAGUAACAGUGGAUUGUCUUUAUAGUGAGCAAACAAAGAAAAAGCUGUACGAAUGAAGUUGUGAAUCAAGACUUUUCCCCAGAGCAACAUAUUUUAAAACUAUAGUUGUAAUCAUCCAUUCUUAUUCCUUUUUUUAAGCUAAAGAAGUUAAAGCUCUUAAUUUAAGGAUGUAAUUUUCUAUUAACUCUUAAGAUGACUGUAACAAGAAAAUUAUUUUUGAUUUGGGAAGUCCAUAACAAAGGAAAACCAUGUUUCCCUUAUUUGCUCAACAGUUACUUGUAAACCAUGAUUUUUUGUAUCUUGCAUGGUAUAUAAUGGGACAUCUUUUUUGAUAAUCCCUUACAAUAAAGCCUUUAUAGCCAUUUUAUAAAUAAUAUAAAGAGCAGAACUUUCAUUUGAUGAAAAAUAAAUUCUAACAUUUAAUUUCUUCCAUGAAUUCUGGAGUUCAUAUACCAACUCAUCAUGAAAUCCAAAUAAUCCUGUAACCUGUUUUGCUAGAGUAUCAUCUCAAGAGUCCCUUGAAUAAGCAUCAUAUAAAUGUUAGUCUUUGACUACCAUUGAUAUGUUUAUAUAAUUCAAAAUACUCAGAUGUGCGGCUUCAGUUAAAAACGAUGGAAAAUGUUGGAAAAUAGUGCUGACAGUAUUUAAUGAUCAUGCAGAUUCUUCAAUUUUGAUGAAAAGACUUAAUUUUCUGAAAUAAAGUCUUAUUUUCUCUAUAGUAUCAGUAUGAGAUAAUUUCUAAAUUUCAAAUCGAGAAACUUGAAAGCAGUUUUCUGUUUUUUUCAAAAAGUCUUUUACAUUUUAAAUAAGCUGUAUGUUGCUUACUUUGAAUUUGUAGUUUUAAAAAUAUUUUCAGACAUCUACAGAUAUUAUUUAUUGUACAAAGAUAUGUGGUUAUAUUUUAUGUUUGUGGUUUUUCUAAACCAGCCACUUCACAGUGUUACUUUGUAAGAUAAUAUAAAUUGAUAAUAGUCUAUAAAUUGUACUUCAGAGGCUAAUCUAUUAAACUGAACCAUAAUCUGGUGUUUCCCAAAUUUGACUGAACAUUAUAAUCAUUCAGACCUAUGUUGUCAGAAUAUUUAAAGACCGGAGGAACCUAGAAUUUUGCAUUUUAAAGGAAUGCCCGAAAACUUCUAAUGUUUGUUCAGAUUUAUGAACCACUGGAUUAAUCUAAUGAUUCUGCUUUUCUUUGUUUCUGUAACAAAAUCAAGCACCUGUCAUUUUCUGCUCCUUUGUUCCUUUUUCUCAUAACUGUCAAACCUAUUCGGUUUUUUUAACAACCUGGCACAAAGCCAGUGAGAGAUGCACUGCAGAAGGCUGCCUAUGCUACCCGAGUAUCCAUGUUCUCCUCUUUCCUCAGGAAAAUGCUUCAGCUUUUUCAUCUUGAAUGGACUUGUUCCAUCUGCCUAGAUGCUUGGUUCAAUUCUUAUCCACCAUUCACUUUCUUGGGUGUCACUUGCUUCACAAGGUUACUUCCACCUACAGUGUGGUCUUGAUUAGCUUUUGCUCCAGGCCUGUAAUUAAGGGGUAACCUUUUGACUCGCUUGCCAAAUUCUGGUUUCCCAGAACCUCAGUCUCAGGUUAGAAAGGAGACUUGGAGCUGGCGUGGUGGCUCCCACCUAUAAUCCCAGCAACUCAGAAGACUGGAGCAAGAAGAUCACAGGUUCCAGGCCAGCCUCAGCGACUUAGUGAGUCCCUAAGCAAAUUAGUGAGACCUUGUCUUAAAAUUAAAAAUAAAAUGAGCUGGAUGUAGCUUAGUGGUAAGGCAUUUAUUGGUUCAAACCUCAGUUCUACAAAAGAAAGGAGAGUUGUGACAACCCUUUAGUUGAUAUCAUCCCAGGUCAUUCUUUUUUUGCAUUUACAUGUACACAUCUUCUUUAAAAUUUUGUUUAUUACUUUCUCUUAAAAUUGCUGCCCAUUUUGAGCCUUAAAUCAUUCUUAAUCAUGUAAUUUUUACAAAGCUUACUUUGUGCUGAACUUAGGCUGAAUUCUUAAUGUUAUUUAAUUCUAGUUAAUAAAUGAGAGCAAUGUUAAACAGCAUACUUAAAACAAAAUUUGAAAUAAAUAGUGUUUUCAGAUUCUAGAAACUUUAAAAAGUGGCCAGGAUUUCUCUUUGGAGUGUAUACAUAAGUGUAAUUAGACUCAAGAUUAUUUCCUAAAGUGCCAACAUUUAACAUUUAUCUUAGUGUUUAAUUAUUUUUGUUGUAUCUAAUUUGAGAAUUAUGGUGUAUUUGCUUUUAUUUUCUAUCCACCAUUUGACUAUCAUUGAUUGUUUUUGUAGUGAUGACUGGAGCCAGGGAUACUUUACUACUGAGCUAUGCUUCCAGUCCUUUUUAUUUUUUGAGACAGGGUCUUGCUAAUUUUCGAACUUAAAUCCUUCUGCCUCAGCCUCCCAAGUUGCUGGGAUUUUAGGCAGGCAUCACCAUACCUAACUUGCAUCUUAAAAUGUUUUGAAGUAGGUACAUUUCUUCUUUAAUAAAUAGCUAUUAGGAAACAUUUAAAAUAAUUUUUUAAAAUUAAUUUUGAACUCAGAAUUGAAAAUAGCAAUUUGUUUUAGUAAAGCAAAAUGGUGCUAGAAGAGAGAGAAUUAAAAUUGGAGUAUCCCUAAGGAUUUGAUUCCAUAUUACACCACUGGACUGUGACAUGAUUGGCAUGUCUUGAUCUUUACUGAGUUUGCUUCAGUAAAAAAAUAAUUUAAGCUUCAUUUUUCACCACAUAUAUUCUCUGUAUGUAAUAUUUACUAUAAGAACAUAAUUAAAUUAAUUUUUCUGAAGAUAAAGUGGGUAAUAAGAAAAAGUAUCCUACAGUUUGUGCUUAUGGUAGGCUGAAUAAUGGUGCCUAUAUAUAUUCAUGUCCUAAUUCCUUGCACUUGUGAAGAUAGGGAGAAGGAGACUUUGCAGAUCUGGUUGAAUGUAUAGACCUUGAAAUGGGGAGAACCUCCUGUGUUAUCCAUGUGUAACCAAUUUAAUCAAAAAAGUCCUUAAAAGUGAAGAGCAUUUCAGAGAGAUGUGACAGUAGAAGCAGGUCAGAGAGAGCCCACAUUGCUGAUUUUAGAGAUGGAGGUAGGGGCCAUUGGUCAUGGAAGGAAGUGACUUCUAGAAACUAAAUGGCAAGGAAGCAUUCUUCUGUGGAGCCCCUAGAAAGGAAUGCUGCCCUGUUGACAUCUUGCUUAUAGCCUGGUGAGUCCCAGGUUGGACCUCUGACCUACAGAACUGAUCUACAGCACUUUAAGAUUAGUAAUUUAGUAAUUUCUGUUGUUUAAGCCAUUAAAUUUGAUGAUUUGUCUUAGCAGCAAUGGAAAGUUAACUGCUAAUUGUGUAUACUGUUAAAAUGAAUACAUAUAUCUUUUACUUUCAUAAGAUCACUGAGAUUAGAGAUCAUCUAAAUUAUUGUUAAAGAGAAGUGAUAAGAUAUAGAUGACAAGUUAUUAAAUAGUUUUACUGUGAAAACAGACUUGACUCUUAUGAAUAUGGCUGUCGAUUUCUCUAAUAGUUAAUAUCUGAACUGUUGUUACCCAAUGUGGUAUUAACCACAUACUAUCACCAACACUAUUGAUAAAUACUUCACCUAAAUUCUCUUAAACAAAAACUACAUUAAAUUAUACUCACAAAAACUAA